CACAUCGUCGGGGUCCUUGUCGCUUGGCGGUUUUUUCCCUUUCCUCACAUCUCCCUGUCCUGUCCAUGGCCGUUGGACGUGUCUCCUGUCGUGCUUGACAACCGAAACUGCCAUUGUGCGCGCGAGGGUUUGCCAACCUCAAGCGAAUAAUUGUGCACACACGUUCCUCGCGCGUAUUUCACGCCCGCCGCGCGGCGCAACUCCUUGCGCCUUCCGGAUCGUCGGGUCGCUCGAUAGCUCCUGCCUCCUGCCUCCUGCGCGAUCCUUCCUCCUGGGUUCCCGCCCACUACGACAGCCGUCGCGAAAAAAAAAAAACCUCCAAGAAUAAAGAGGACCUCAUCGACUUCUUUUCUCCUCCUCUCUUCACCUCCAACCACACCACUGCCAGCCAGCAGCAUUCCUGCGCCCGCCCGCCCGCCAUGGACAGCGAACGCCGCGCCUCCGCCAGCGCGGCCGCCGACCAGGCCCUCGCCUCACUCGGCUACAAGGCCGAGCUGCCGCGCAACCUCAGCAUGCUGAGUAUCCUCGGCCUCUCCUUCGCCAUCAUGGCGGUGCCCUACGGUCUCUCGACCACCAUGUACAUUACCCUCACCGAUGGCCAGGCCGUCUCCGUCAUCUGGGGUUGGGUCCUCGUCUCCCUCAUCUCCAUCUGCAUCGCCGCCUCGCUCGCUGAGAUCUGCGCCGUCUUCCCCACAGCCGGCGGCGUCUACUACUGGAGCGCCAUGCUCUCGUCGCGCCGCUGGGCACCCCUCGUCAGCUUCGUCGACGGCUGGCUUACCCUCGUCGGCAACUGGACCGUCACCCUGUCCAUCAACUUUGGCGGCGCCCAGCUCAUCCUGAGCGCCAUCUCCAUCUUUAACGAGGACUACGUCGCAAACGCCUGGCAGACGGUCCUGUGCUUCUGGGCCGUCAUGCUCGUCUGCGCCCUCGUCAACGCCUUUGGCUCCCGCUACCUCGACCUCAUCAACAAGAUUUGCAUCUACUGGACCGCCGCCUCCGUCCUCGUCAUCCUCGUCGUCCUGCUCGCCAUGUGCAAGGACCGCCGCGACGCCGGCUUCGUCUUUGGCCACUACGACGCCUCGGCCAGCGGCUGGCCCACCGGCUGGUCCUUUUUCGUCGGCCUCUUGCAGCCCGCCUACGUCCUCACUGGCUACGGCAUGGUCGCCGCCAUGUGCGAAGAGGUCCAGAACCCCGAGCGCGAGGUCCCCAAGGCCAUCGUCCUCUCUGUCGUCGCCGCCGGCAUCACGGGUAUCCUUUACCUCGUGCCCCUGCUUUUCGUCCUCCCCGACAUCCAGAUGCUCCUAUCCGUCGCAAACUCCCAGCCCAUCGGCCUGCUCUUCAAGACCGUCACCGGCUCCGCUGCCGGCGGCUUUGGCCUCCUCUUCCUCAUUCUCGGCAUCCUCAUGUUUGCCGGCAUCGGCGCCCUGACCGCCGCCUCGCGUUGCACCUACGCUUUCGCCCGCGACGGCGCCAUCCCCGGCUACAAACUCUGGAGCCGUGUCAACAAGUCCCUUGACAUGCCCCUCUGGGCACUCACCCUCUCCACAGUCGUCGACUGCGUCCUCGGCUGCAUCUACUUUGGCUCCCCGGCCGCCUUCAACUCCUUCACCGGCGUCGCCACCAUCUGCCUCUCCGCGUCCUACGGUGUCCCGGUUCUCGUCAACCUCGUCCGCCACCGCGAGCCCGUCCGCAACUCGCCUUACCCACUCGGUCGGUUCGGCACCUUCAUCAACAUCACCUGCGUCGUCUGGAUUAUCUUCUCCGUCGUCAUCUUCUGCAUGCCCGUCUCCAUCCCCGUCGACGCCGGCACUAUGAACUACGCCUCGGUCGUCUUCGCCGGCUUUGCCGCCAUCGCCUUCGUCUGGUACUUUGCCUACGCCCGGAAGAACUUUACAGGCCCGCCCAUCCUUCGCGGCGACGCCAGCGAUCCGGGCGUCAUGGUCGGCCAGAAGCUCGGCGGCAUCGCCAGCAAUGGCCUCACUGACUCAGAGCAGGGCGUGACGGUUGAGAAGCUGGCCAACUGACGUCGUGGUCGGCCGCACAAGGUACAUAGGACCGUAUAAUGUUGGAUUUAUAGCGCUCUUGAAUAUAGCGUUGGCUUGAUCGUACG